UGAUCACCUGGAGUUUAGUAAAUCACAUCCACCUGUUUUAUUUGAAGCAGUAAUAUCAUGUGCGGAACCUGUUUGUAGUUACUAACUGCCACAGUUCAUUUUCCUCUUUGGUUAGUUUGGUAACCUAGUGGUAAUAAUUAGACGAAAACAGGAUCUUAACAGGUAAAUAUUUGAAGUUCAUUUUCAAUAAUUAAACUUCCCUCAACAUGUUGCUAUACCUGACAUAGAUCUGCUUUGCUGGGGUAGCGGGGAGCUUGGUCAGACUGGAUGUGGAAGGCCAGGGGAGAUCGCUCCAGAGGAGGCGCAGCUGAGGGAGUUCACAUCGGACAGGCUGGGCACGGUGAAGAUGCUGGCUUGUGGGUCCAGUCAUUCCAUUGUGGUUACAGCACCGGCUCACUCCCCUUCAUCUCCUCCCCAUCGUCCGGAUCGAUACUCUGCAUCCACAAAGGUCUGGGAGAAGGCACACGAGCAUUGGACAACAGGAUAUUUGCAUGGGGAAACGGCACCAGUGGACAGCUUGGAGACGGGGAGAGAGAAGUUAAGGACCAUCCAGUCGAGGUGAAGUUGCAACAGGAACUAGAAGUAACAGGAAGUGGCACCGGUGUGAAUGUCGUCGACAUCGCCGGUGUGGCCUGUGGAAGCAGACACUCCUUCAUCUGGACUCAAAGUGGACAAGCCUACAGCUUCGGGAACAACUUUUAUGCCCAGCUAGGCUAUGACUUCCAGAAGGCCGACUUCAAAGAGCACCAGCUGGCACCGCGUUUGUUCCAGAGUCUUCCGUCAUCUCUGAAAGUAUCUCAAGUGGCCUGCGGGGAGCGACAUACCCUGUUUGCGCUGGAGGACGGCAGCGUGGCGGCAUGUGGGCAGAAUGAUUAUGGACAAAUUGGCAGCGGUCCUAAUGAAAAUGUGGUCAUCCCUCGCUUUGUGGAGCGCGUGGGCCGCGUGUCGAAGGUCACCUGUGGGGCAAACCACAAUCUUGCACUCACAGGUGACGGCAGGCUGUUCCAGUGGGGCUGUGGACCUGCAUGUGGGAACAUGAAGAAGAACAUCCUGUCGCCAGAGGAGGUGACGCUACCAAGCUCGCCAGUGAGAGCCAUUGCUGCAGGAUGUCGGCAUAGCAUACUUCUCACAGAUGGUGGGAAUGUCUUCUCCUGGGGGAUGGGGCAAGAGGGACAGCUUGGACUCGGCGAGGACAGGAUUCACGUCUCUGCUCCACAUCUUCUCAACUAUUCCCAUCUCGCUGGAGUCACAGGGGUACGAGCAGGAGACAGCUCCAGUGCAGCUGUCACAGCAGGCGGAGAGCUGCUCCUCUGGGGACAGAUCCCCGGUGUGUCCCUGGUCACUGACCAUCCAGGCCUCAAAAGACUCUGGACCCCCCAGCCGGUUGAAAUGGAAGGCAGAAAGGUGCGUGAUGUCGCCUGUGGGACCUGGCACAUGAUGGCCCUCGCCACACGGAGCGGGGAGGGGAACAGAGGAUGCGAUCACCCACAACGUGAAGCCCUCUUCGGAGACGUUGACAGGAAUCCCCCACCGACGAAACACGCAGAGAAAGAAAACACAGCCCAAGACUUUAAGCACAGGAUCCAGGAUCUGCGGAGACCAGAGGGCCCAGAGGAGGAGGAGGGGGAGGAGAAAGAUGAAGAACGCAGAAAAAAAAAAAACCAGGAUGAGGGCAAUGGAGCGAUACCUGAUUCAGCAUUCGCCGGAGCCAGGUCUGCACCGGGGAUAGACAGGACAGGAAAUGGCCGCUCAUCAAUCAAAUCCGACCAGGGGCAGAGAGAGAGGGAGGGUUGCACAACAGAGGGGCCGCUGGAGCUGAGGAAGGACCCACGCAGGAGCAGAGCGAGCAGAGAAACAGUCUUCACCACUUUGCAUCUUUUACCCAAGACAGCGGGAGACCAAUGCAGGCCAAUAGCCAGCUCCUUGCCGAGACUGCUGACCGGACAUCAAGCUCAUAGCAGCGGUUUAGCCGAGGCUCAAAAAAAGAGAUCUACCCAUCUGACUGAGCUGCUCCAAAAAUCUGGAAGUGAUAGCAGCAUUUUGCAGAGUCCCGAUCUGAGACUAAAACCCAGACCUCCUGGGAGAUGUUCAGGUCCCGGGGCUCAGAGAGUGGCCUCCUGUCACCACUCAAGAACAAGACUAAACACUGGCCCAGAGUCUCCGAUUAACAAUCCUUCUCCCCGUCUGACCCCUGGACGACAGAUUCAGACGUCCCCUUCCUUCCACCAGAGACCACGAGCCAAAGCCUCUCUUUCUCCCACUCCUUCUUCUGAAGCAUCCAGGUACUGUCCAACACCCAGGAGAGCCGUUUCCUCCCCUGGCGCCUCUUGGAAGAAACUAUAAAAAAACAACAGACCCAGUUCUGUCCACCAGUGGACCCGAGAAUAUUUAUUUCAUGCUUUAAUGUUUUAAACAUGUGUAUUUACCCUCUUAUGUCAGGUUAUGUGAGCCACUUGAAAUCAAAAUAUAUUUAUUGUAUAACCCCCUGGAUAAUACACAGCCCCAGCUAUGAGAGAGAGAGAAUGUGCACUCUAUUAUCUACUUGAUAAUGCUUUUCUACAGGCCACAUACAAAGCUUAAUACUUUUGGCUCCAAGAUGACGGAGAAACAUUUACUCAUUUACUCUGCAUGAGUUCUCCAAAACUGACUUCAGAUCAGUAUUAAAGGGCUCCACUUUACCCCAAACUGUGUUUUGGCAAAUGUGCUCUUCUUUCAGGCCAUCUCAGUCAACGGCUCUCAUGAACUCUGACCUCAUAGGAAAGCAUCAGGCUUUUGUCUUUGUAGUGAAAUCUGUGUGCAGGAAUUUCAGACUCCUUGAGCAUUUCCACAGAACUUGAGAUGGUUUAGUUUUUUUCAUCUUCACCAUACUACCAAGCCACAUUGAUUUUAAUACUUACAGUAUGUUGUUUAUUAAAGACAUAACGCCCUUCAGAUCUUGGCCUCUUGUAAGACAUUUCACGCUGGAGUGUUUUCAUGGCUGCUCAUCUCUGCAGUAUGAGUCACAUGUGCGUACUACUAUCGCUCUAUAGAGGCUGAGGAAAUUGAUUUGAUGCAGAGAUAACGCUAUACGAUUAGGUUUCUCUGCGUAAACAGGAUCACUCCCUUGAGUUUUCUUUGCUAUGUUUUGUUUUCAAGUUUCCAAGGAAAAGGUCCUUCAUUAGACUCUAUUUUAAACUGGUUCUUUGCCACAGUGUCAACCACAACUGCAUGGUAAUUCCUCCUGUCAGGGUUUUUUUUUGAGACUCAUCACUCAGAAAUGUCAUCAAAUUAUGGUUGAAUUAGUUUGAAUUAUUUCAGAUUAAUAAUACUACUAAUGAUGAAAGUAAUAAUAAUAAUGUGAAAUAUUAAAUCGUUGUCAAUGCCCAUUUACAAAUGUAAAUAUUUCUCUGUGAAUGUACCACCUGUGGGUUAGAAGUUAUGCUACAAUAUUGACUGGAUAUGUUGCACCUAUUUUUGUUGUUGUCAUGUCAUUUGAGUAAAGACAACAUCAAAACUAUUCAUCCCUGUUUUUUAUGUCAUGAAAAAGAAUACUAAUGUUAGGUAUUUAAAAGCAAAUCUUAAUAAUGCUCCAGGAGACUCCUCCGUCAAACAUUAACAGAGCCUGUGAAUUGCUUUAGUGAGUAACUAACUAAACACCGACUCCACAAAGACACGAAGCACUGAUGGCAUUGAGACAUCUGCCCAUCCCUCCCCAUCAUCCCUUAAACUCCCGUCGGUUUGUUUUCGGUGUGUGUGUGUGUGUAAGCCUCGGCCGUGUAUCACGUAGCUGCCCUGCGAGAUUCCUGCCAAUCGAUUCAAGGUGAGGUCUGUCGAUUAAACACCCUGAGCCGCGCUCUCCACCUAACCCCAGGGUGAUUCCCACCCCGUACACACACGGAUACACACCCAUAACAAACACACGCACGCACAGACGCCAACUUCAUCUGUCAUCCAUCAAUACCUCCAUCGGGGGCCUCUAUUGAUCCCCUCCACCCAGCCUCUUCACCCCAUGCAGUACAACACCCGGGCCGGGGCGCCGUGUGUGCAGGUGUAAUUUCUGACAGAUUUACAAUAAAGCUCAAGUUAUUAUUUAACUCUUCCGGCCGCAGUGUGCUCUUUGAUUUAGCACCCUGGGAAGGGAUGAGUUACAGCUGACACGGAGAAUCUGCCGGGGCUGGAAUGGUAGGCACCCGGUUCAUAACUCAGCCGCCGAAUGUGUAGUUAGUCAAUCACUUGAUCUGUAAUCACAAAUGCUGCCAGAAAUUACAUGAGUGAUGAGAUGUAAU